AUGGAUUUCCUUCAGCGCCUCGCGCGCUUCCUCGAUCGCCCGCUCUUCCCAUGGAAGAAGCUCAUCAUGGGCUUCUCAGUCGGCCAAUACCUCUUCGAAACCUUCCUCACAGCCCGUCAAUACCGCGUCCUCCAGAAAACCAAGCCCCCCACCGUCCUCUCCAAGGAAGUCUCCCAGGAAGUCUUUGACAAGUCGCAGGCCUACGGUCGCGCCAAGGCAAAGUUCGAAAUCAUCAACGGUCUCUACUCUCAGGUUCAAAAUCUCGCCUUUAUGCACUUCGAUGUUCUUCCCAAGCUUUGGUCCUGGACUGGUGAUCUUCUUCUCAAGUGGGCUCCUGCGCGCUUCACUGGAGAGAUCAGCCAUACUAUCGUCUUCGUCUUGACUUUUACUGUCAUCAGCUCGCUUCUUCGUCUUCCUUCUUCGAUUUACCAGACUUUUGUUCUUGAAGAGAAAUUCGGGUUCAACAAGCAGACGCCUAAGCUCUUUGUCACCGAUAUCAUCAAGACCCAGGCUCUCACUUUCGUCCUCGCGCCUCCUUUCCUCGCUGGUUUCCUCAAGAUCAUCCAGAAGACUGGUAACUCGUUCUUCUACUACCUCUGGCUUUUCGUCAUUGCUCUCCAGGUCUUCAUGAUCACCAUCUACCCCGUUGCUAUCCUUCCUCUGUUCAACAAGCUGUCUCCUCUCGAGGAUGGUGAACUCAAGACCAAGGUUGAAGCUCUCGCCGCCAGCCUCAAGUUCCCCCUUCACGAGCUCUACGUCAUUGAUGGAAGCAAGCGAAGCGCCCACUCUAACGCCUAUUUCUUUGGUCUCCCCUGGAAGAAGCACAUUGUCAUCUACGAUACUCUGAUUGAGAAGAGCGAGCCCGAUGAAGUUGUUGCUGUUCUUGCCCACGAGUUGGGUCACUGGAAGCUCGGCCACACCACCAGUCUCUUUGGUAUCUCUCAGGCUCACUCAUUCUACAUCUUCCUUCUCUUCUCUGUCUUCAUCAACAACCACUCUCUGUACUCGUCUUUCGGUUUCCUCAAGGAGCACCCCAUCAUUGUCGGAUUCAUCCUCUUCUCUGAUGCUCUCGCCCCCAUGGAUCUCGUCAUCAACCUCCUUAUGCACAUUGUCAGCCGCAAGUUCGAGUUCCAGGCCGAUGCUUUCGCCAAGCAGCUUGGUUACCCCGAGCAGCUCGCCCGCUCUCUCCUCAAGCUUCAGAUUCAGAACCUUAGCACCAUGGAUGCCGACUGGAUGUACGCCAGCUACCACUUCUCUCACCCUCAUCUGUCUGAGCGACUCAACGCUCUUGGCUGGAAGGGAUCUGAGGCCAUUACUGAGGGUGUCGCCGACAAGUCUGAGAAGGAGGGUGUCGUUAAGGCCAGCGGUCGCGACGAGUUGUAA